CAAUCAAGGACCCAACAAGUUUACAGGAUGAAACAUAUGAUAGUUACCUCGCUGGAGUGGAAGUGCUGUCCAGGAUACAGUGGAGGAACGUGCCAGCCAACAGCCCAACAGGAUCAAAUACUCAUCCACAGCAACCAGGCAGAGAGCAACACAGCUACUACUGGGCAAACCCUGGGAAACCAACAGCAGCAGCAGGAGCUCAACGACCAAGCAGUUGCACAAAAAGUGAAUGAACAGAUUAGCAGCCAGGAAAUGAAACUGACUUUGCUACAGAAGAAGGUUGACAACAUUUCAGUCGUCAUGAGAGACGUGAGCCAGACACUUUCUUCUCUGGAAGGCAAAAUCAAUGAAGAUAAGAGCAAUGAUUUGGCAGCGUUUCUAAAAGCGUUAAAAUCCAAAGGUGUGACUGAAGUGAUCAAAGAAAUCGUAAAAGAGCAGUUUAAAGCCUUCCAAAGUGACAUGCAAGAGACAGUGGCUCAGAUUUUCAAGAUCACUUCUGAUCUCUCGGAAGAUCUUGAGAAUACCAAAGGCUUGGUCAAAGGUUUGAAUAAAUCCUGCCAGAGAUUUGCCCGUGAUAUUGAAAAUAAACCUUCAAGGGUUGAAAUACUAGACAUUCGAACCCAGAUCCUGCAUAUCGAAGAAGAUAUAAGCUUUACAUGUGAGAAGCCAAUCCAAGAACUGCAAGAAAACCAGAGAUCUUUGGAAGCUGACUUAGAGCACCAACGCUCAAAGAGUGAUCUUUACUAUGCCUCUCUGAACAAAACUCUUACCCAAAUGAAAGAAGCAAAUGAACAACUGUUAUCAGCGGAAAAAAGCUCAAUCCAGAAUGUACCCAUAGCUGCUGAAUCAAUGAAUGAUAAUCUCACAAAUUUCGUGACAAAUUUACAGGAGAAAAUGAAAACACAGAACCUGAUGGUUUUGCAGCUGUACGAUGAUCUCAGAAUCCAGGAUAACAAGAUCAAUAACCUAACCAUCUCGUUGGAAAUCCAGAGACAUGACCUACAAGGUAGAUGUGACAACGUGUUGUCCAAAUGCAAAAGUGACAUCCAAAUGCAAAUAAGGGGUGUGGAAGGGGAUAUCCGUUCCUUAAAUAAAACUGUGGAGAGCCUUAUAUUUCCCUUGGAUGAUAAGAUGGAGAAAAUGAAUGAGCAGAUUAAUGACCUCUGCUAUGACAUGGAGAUUCUCCAGCCCUUGAUUGAACAAGGAGUUCCUUUCAGCCUUUCCUCAGAGGAUGAGUUGCGGCUCGAAACAGAUACGAUUAGCAGAAAACUGGAGAAUUUAACCAGCCUUGUGACAACGCUGAACUUCACCAUAGAGGAACUCCACAAAAAUCAGAAGGAGCUUAAAAAUGAUGCUCAGGCUCAUGAUGAAAUUUCUAAGAGGCAGAUUGAUGAAUGCUUCGUUUUAAUGGAGGAUGGGUUAAACAAAACCAUGAUGGUUAUGAAUCGCGCUAUUGAUUCCAUCCAAGAUAACUAUGUCCUCAAAGAAACCCUGAUUACCUGGAAAAAUGAGACCGAAGCUUGCUGUGAUCGCGGGGAGAAGAUGGAAAACAUGUUGAUGUUAAUACCGCAGUUUCAAAAGAUGAACGAAUCCCUCCAGAUACUAGUCAGCCAAAAUGAAAAACCAAAAAGAAUUUGGCCCUCUGUAGAAUCUUCAUUUGGUGAACAGAACAUCCCUCACCUCAGCAGAGGUCACCCCAACCCAAACACCACAUUAUUAAAUGUUCAAGAGCACAAAAGAGACACUGGUCACCCGGGUGAGAAAAUAUUGCACUCCAGCAAUGAAUACAAUGAUCAUGAGAUGCGUCUGCAGGCCGUGGAGGGGAAAAUCAUCAAAUUCCUGGCAAACAAUUGUGUCUCGGUGAGAAACGUGAAGGCGGCUGCCACAGAAAAUGAGAAAACCGUCUCUCUCCAGCUUCAAACUUUCAAUUCCAGAAUCAGGGCUCUCGAAGCCAAAAGCAUCCGCUUAUCGCUGAGCAUCCCUCUCUUAAACAAGACGGCCAACGAAGCGAGGAACUUGUGUCAGGAUGUCUCUGGAACCAUUCGAGAAAUGAAUGCCAGCCUUCCCAAACUGAUGCCAACCGUUCACUCAGAUGGCCUAUUGUUUCAGAAGGGCUUCCAGGAAUUCACUGGUGCCAUGAUAGAGGCCAAAACAGAGACACUUCUAGCCAACCUAACCUUGUACAUAGACAAGUCCCUAGAAGGGGUAGUAGACACUAUAACCAAACGGUUAAAGGCAGCUGCUACUCUUCCGAAGAAGCCGUUACCAGGGAAAAAAACGCCCGUGAACACCAUUACCAAUCAGGCUGGGAGAAGUCAGAGAAACACAGAGUCUGCUUUAGAAACAGGUAAUAUUUCAUUUAAUAUUUCAUUGAAUAUUGCCACUCUUAUGGGUGUCGCCUGAACAUAUUCGAUAGAC